AUGAAGGCUCUCCUUUUCACCACAAUUUAUGUGUUUUGCUUCAUAAUCUGUGCUGCUGCACAUACUUCAAUUAAUAAGCUUAUCAUCCAUGGAGGAGAACAGCCCCUAGCUCAAAUAGCUAUUCAUAAGACUGUUCUGGCUCUUCGGGAUUCUGCAUCCAUCAAAUCCACUCCUCUAGUUCUUGGUCUAAAUGGUGCAGAUAGUGAAUGGGUUACUGUGGAGCUUUGCAACUCGGAACCAGCUAUUGAUGAUUGGAUUGGAGUUUUCAACCCCAGCCAAGUUCAACCACAAUUGAUAGCGGUUUCCAAUACCAUAGCAUUUGCAAAUCCAAAAGCACCGGUUUAUCCACGACUUGCUCGUGGAAAGGCUUGGGAUGAGAUGACGGUAACAUGGACCAGCGGAUAUAAUAUAGACGAAGCCUAUCCCUUUGUGGAAUGGGGGAUGAAGGGAGAUGCUACACCUAAACGUUCCCCAGCUGGAACAUUAACAUUCAACCAAGGCAGCUUAUGCGGCCCCCCAGCGCGGACUGUUGGGUGGCGUCACCCAGGUUACAUUCACACAAGCUUCUUGAAAGAUUUGUGGCCAAACAUGGAGUACUACUACAAAUUAGGCCACAUUUUGAUGAAUGGUUCAAUCGUUUGGAGCAAAAGUUACAGCUUCCGAGCUUCACCAUUUCCGGGACAAGAAUCUUUGCAACGUGUUAUCAUUUUCGGAGACAUGGGAAAGGCAGAGAGGGAUGGUUCAAAUGAGCAUGCAAACUAUCAGCCCGGGUCACUCAUGACAACUGACCAACUGAUUAAUGAUCUUGACAACAUCGACAUUGUCUUCCUCAUUGGAGAUCUUCCUUAUGCUAAUGGAUACAUUUCGCAGUGGGAUCAAUUUACAGCUCAAGUUGCUCCCAUUACAUCAGUCAAACCUUUUAUGAUCGCCAGUGGGAAUCAUGAGCGAGAUUGGCUGGAUUCAGGAUCAUUUUUUAACACAAAAGAUUCCGGUGGAGAAUGUGGGGUGCCGGCUGAGACCCUUUACUAUUUUCCCGCAGAAAAUAGAGCCAAGUUUUGGUAUCAAACAGAUUACGGGAUGUUUCGUUUCUGCAUAAUCGAUUCGGAGCAUGACUGGAGAGAGGGAUCCGAGCAAUACAAAUUCAUCGAAAAAUGCCUGGCAACGGCAGACAGAAAGCAUCAGCCAUGGUUGAUUUUCGCAGCUCAUCGACCGCUUGGAUAUUCUUCCAAUGAUUGGUACGCUAAUGAAGGUUCAUUUGAAGAGCCAGAGGGAAGAGCACACUUGCAGAAAUUAUGGCAAAAAUACCGUGUCGACAUUGCAUUCUUUGGCCAUGUCCAUAAUUAUGAGAGGGUUUGCCCUAUUUAUCAGAAUCAAUGUGUGAAAGAAGGAACAUCACACUACUCUGGGGUGGUAAAUGGAACCAUCCAUGUCGUUGCGGGAGGAGGAGGAAGUCACUUGUCCCAAUUCACCAAGAUCAAUACUUUCUGGAGUAUUUAUAAAGAUUAUGACUGGGGAUUUGUCAAAUUAACAGCAUUCAAUCGUUCGUCGUUGUUAUUCGAGAACAAGAAAAGUAGUGAUGGAAAGGUUUACGACUCAUUCACGAUCUCAAGAGACUACAGAGAUGUCCUAGCUUGUGUUCAUGAUGGUUGUGAGGCUACAACAUUAGCAACUUGA